AUGAUAAAUAAGUAUUGUUACGAAGCUUUAGACAAAUGCCUCACAGACAUCUUGAGGUGCUCAACUUCGUAUAACGCUCAUUUUCCAUUUGGAGAAUGGCUACUCAAAAUUGGUGAUGAUUUGGCUGGUGAUACAACAGAUGGUGAAUUGAUCGUUCAUAUACCAUCUGACAUUUUGGUUAAGAACUCUGAGACAGCUUUGGAUGACCUCAUUGAUUUUGUGUAUCCAGAUGUUAUCAAUUUAUCCGUUGAAAAUUAUUUCAAGGAUAGAGCAAUUCUUGCACAAACUCUGGAUUGUGUCACUGAUGUCAACAAUAAGAUGACUGCAGAGUUACCAAGACAUGAAAGAGAUUACUUAAGUUCUGACUUUGUGUGUGCUGAGGAGGAAAAUAUGGAAUUUGAGUUAGAUGCUUUCUCACCGGAGAUUCUAAAUGGAAUAAAUUAUUCAGGUUUACCACCACACAAGUUGAUUGUGAAGGUUGGCGCUCCUGUUAUGUUGCUGUGGAAUAUAGACCAAACUAAUAGUUUGUGCAAUAGAACGAGAAUGCAAGUUAGAAGAAUGGGAAAUCAUGUGAUAGAAUGCAAGACUUUAAUCGGUAACAAAGCUGAAAGUAUUGUUCUUAUCCCAAGACUGAAUCUAAUUCCAAAUAAUGAAACAUUGCCGGUCAGGUUUCAAAGAAGACAAUUCUCAAUUAUUAUGUCAUUCGCAAUGACAAUAAAUAAGUCUCAGGGAGAAAAUCUAUCGAAAGUUGGAAUAUACCUUCCAAGGCCAUUUUUCACCCAUGGUCAAUUAUAUGUUGCGUUAUCAAGGGUAACGAGUAAAGAUGGUCUGCGAGUGCUAUUGCAAGAUUACGAGCACUUGGAAGAUAACUGCACGAUGAAUGUGGUAUAUAGAGAAGUUUUUGAGAACCUAUAA